AUGGAACGUUCCGGCAGACUAUUUUCUCUCGACGAUGGCUCAUCCAGCAUCAGCGCCCUACCACCGGGCCUUCCAAACUCAUACGUAAACUCAUCCGGUGACGACGUCUCCUUAAGCCUGCAGGAAGCCGCGCGAGAAGAUCCCGACUUCGCAGAUGUGGUGCUAGCGGCCGACCACUACGGCAUCCCCUCCAGGGCCGUUGACCACGUUGGUGUCGCAGCGCAGCAUGAGCCGCGACAGGUCUUUACCGUGGGUGCAGGGCUGACCUCCGAAGUCGUGCAACAUACACUUGUUGACGCGCAUCUCGACAUGAACCCUCCGCCUGUAACGUCAAGCAGCACAGUAGUGGCUCUGAAGAUGUUCCGGCCCGCUACUCACCUGCCGGCCUUGCGCGACGCAAAGGCUGCGGUGCGGCGACGGGUCUACGACGCUGUCCUCAAGGAGAUGAAAGCGCUUUGCCACCCCUUGCUGGCGACACACCCACAUAUUGUGACGCUAUUGUUUGUCGGAUGGAGCUUAAAUCACGAGUACCCGUUGCUCGCUACGGAACUUGGCGACCAUGGCUCCCUAGACUACGUCCUUCGUUCUUGGGGGCCGGGCCCAAGUGUAUUGCAGAAGCGCCAUAUCACCAUCGACAUUGCCCUCGGCCUGCAGGCUAUCCACCAGGCAGGAUUUACGCAUGGCGACCUCAAGCCAGAUAAUAUUAUUGUGUAUAGCGAUGAAGAUCCUGCGCGGGACGUGGUGGCCAAAUUGACGGAUUUCGGGGGCAGCAAUCAGAUCAGUGGACCGUUUGGGGGUGGUGCACCAACGCACUUUACUCCGAUCUGGUGUGCCCCGGAAGUUCUCGAGAGGGAGCCCGAUAUACAAUGGAAUAAAGCAGACGUGUAUUCAUACGGGCUGGUUGUGGCUAGUCUAUGGGCUGGUCCACAGGGUAGUCGGGGGAAAAGCAACGUGGAAGAGGACGAGCCACGAAGCCCAAGAUCAAGCACAAGUGUACUCCCUGGAGACACCAAGGAUGAUCUGAAAUACUUGAAGAGCUUACCGGAAGACCAUCCCGACAGUCUCAUGUCUUUCCUUGCGAAGCGACUCAGCAAGGACUCGCGGCCGACUGGUCUAGAUCCCGGUGAACUAUUCGCAAUCCUCACGCCAACAUUAAGGACAGACCCACAGCGCCGUCCUAAUACCGAGAACUUGAUGUUGAUCCUGUUAGCUUUUGCCAGAGCCACAGGGCGGACCAUCGCGCCGCUUCCCCAGCAGAAUCAGUUCCAGGCCUACGAGCCGAAACCCGUGCGAGCCGGCGUUUUCGAGCGAGAUCCUCGGUUAUUUAUCAACGCCACGGAUUACCCCGACAUCAUAAUCAAGCACGCACACCGCGCACUAGACGAAAUCAACGAGAGGAUGAAGUAUGUCCCACAGCAAGAGGACAUCCCAGACAACGUACCGGCAGACCUCUCGACAGAUGCAUUCCUUUCAAACCUGCUAACCGCGAACGAGAACAACCUCUCACGUCUAUACAAGGCGCUUGAAACCGAGCCAAAGGAUCAAUUUUGGUGUGGUAUUAUUGACUUUAUCAAAAAGGGGUAUUUAUUACAUACUAUAGGCUACUCCAGCCUGCUUUAUCUGGGAGGGAGCCCGGUGCCUGAUUUUAGAGAGCGUGGUCUUGGCUAUAUGCGGGCCUCAUCGUUAUACGGCAAUGGAAAUGGGAUAUUGUCUACAACCUUUGCCAGCGUCGGGACAGUUCACGAGGCGGGGGUUCCAGUCCGGAUGAAUCUGGCCCUACUAGCUCUCUCACAGUCGUCGUUGGGUAUCCAGCGCCUACACUCUCGCUGGCCGGAGGGGUAUGCCAUGGUUCGUAGGGUCUUUCGUGAGCGGGAGCAAAACUGCCUGCAGGAAGCAAGGGCCGUGUAUCCUGGUCUUUAUAAUAGUCCGCGGCUAGUGAAGAUAUAUAUUGCUGGUCGAGCAAUUUCAAAACCCAUCAGUCUCGGCCAUGCUUUAGAUAUCGGGGCUACCGACGUUGUCCGAGAAACUCUAUCGGGUGCGGGAACUGCUUCGCAGCAUGAUCAGCAGAAGAUAAUCAGUAGCCUAUUCCACAGACUCGGUACGGUCCCCGACGAAGAAGCCGCUGGCCUUGCUCGGAUGGUAUAUGGAAAAGGCGCCAGGCUGGAUUAUCUGCUACCAACCCCACCAGCCGAUAUUCCGACAAUGGGAUCCCCCGGAAAGCCAAGUACGCCGUUGAGCGCAGCCCUGAUGAGAGGACAGCCGAGACUCGCGUUGGAAAUCUUCUGUUUGCAUGUUGAGUUCGAUGAGCCGAUCACGCAGUUCCUGUCGGCCUUGUAUCUGGCUUUCACGAACCUGUACCGAGAGGUGGGGGAGGCGCUCCUAAGGAUCUGGCAAGACAAUCCUGCCCUGUGUGUUGAUGUGGAUGGGGCUACAGAGACGGGGUAUGUCCCAGUAAAUCUUUCACAGGUAUUAGCUACGACUGCUUUCCAGCUGGUCAGAUGUGACACGAUGAUGCUGCACGGAGGCCAACAUGAGGUUGCGUACGUCGAGACUGUAAAAUUUCUCCUGGGAGAGGGUGCAGAUCCCUCAUCGGGUGCUCCCGCCGCCACGGCCCUUGGGCGGUGCAUACUCGCCGACGACAUCACGGCGUUGAAGCUCUAUAUUGAACACAUCGAGACCCUCGCACGCAAGGCCCAUUUGGACGCUAAUGUUGCGGUUUCGGCGUCUUUGAGCGACCCCCACAACAUCACGACUGUGCAAAGGGCUGCGGUGGACGAACACAGGGGAGAUGACGAACAACUUUCGUUUGAGUUCAAGGACACCUUCACUGCACUGGCCCUUUCUAUCCGACACGGCUCGCUGCAAUGCCUCCAGUUCUUGUUGGCAAAGAGUUCCCACCUUGUCAACGUCGAGGUAGACUUUCUAGGCCAGACACUGCUGCACCGGGUAUGUCACGGCGUCGAAAGACUUGUCAUUGAAGGCGAUAGCAGCGAAGUUCCAGGCCUCGUAGGUUUGGUUGCCCGAGCCAGAUUCCCGAGCGGGCUUUCUGCCGAGUUCGUCGACCUCCUCUUGAAUGCUGGGGCAGAUAUCAUGGCGACUGAUCACCAGGGCUACACCUCCCUGUUCUGGGCGCUGCUGCGGGGUAAUAUUGCCGCCGCGGACAUCAUCGCAUCACGCUGCUCACAGGCGCAGCUCGACCACAUGCUAUCGCGCAACCCACUGACGGGCGGGUCGAUGUUCCAGGACCUCGUCGGGAUGGACGUCAGAAAGCUGAACAGCAUCAGCGGACAGCGACAGUCGAGACUAGUGCAGAGUCUGCAGUGGCUUGAGAAGCGAGACGCGGUGUACUUUUACGGGACGGAUAAUCAACCGGUGUGGGCAUUGAUCUUGUCGUCCAGGCUGCGGACGCUGCGCAAAGAUCAGCUGCUGGAUGUGGCGCUGAUGCAGUAUCUUAUUAAUCUCCCUAUGUUUGCGGAUAAGCUGCAUACGGGGCGGCAUUCAGGAUACACGGUACUGCAUGCUGCUGUCGCGCAUGGCAAUGUAGAAAUAGUUCGCUUGCUUCUUGAUAAGGGCUGUGACCCCAACUUUAUCAUGGAAGCCGCCGCGACCCAAGGAGUACAAACUUCGUAUUCCUUUUCUCCAGCAGGGGUCACGGCUCUUGACUUGAUUAUCCCGAUUUUGGUAUCUGGCAGCUCGGUGUACGGGGUUGACAAGACCAGCAAGGCAGAGUUCAGAAAAUGGCAGGACAAGAUUCUGGACAUUGCGAACCUGCUGGUUGAGAGAGGCGCCCGCGGCGAGGUAUUCGAAAGGUAUCAGACAAUGGCACGCUACGGCAACAAGGCAUUUGACAGAGUGAACGAGAGCAAGGAGGCACAAGAGUUUCCCGAACAGCUUCGAAAUCUGCAAAGACCCGCGGAGAUUCCUAGGCAACACGCUGUACCGGGAGCGUGGCCCAAGCCGUUGCUGCCCAAUGAUGAUCUACCCACGGAAGCGGACGCAACCUCGACGCUGAUGGACCCACCGGGAAAGGCUUACCUCGAUCUUGGAAUUCUUCUGGGAGCCUUCAGGGAAUUGGACGAAAGACGCCAGGGGCGGCAGCACCUUGGAAAGCAGCUUCUGCUUGCCGAGGCGUUCUAUAUAAAAGGGGCACCGGGUCAAGAUGAUGGGAUUGAUGAUGAGAGCACCAGCAGGAGGACAAUGAGCUCCAGCGAGUCACCUCGCGAGCACGCUGUGCCAAAGGAUGGUGACGAGGACGAAUUGCAGGAUACUACAACUAGGCUACAUCUCGCCGUGGAGGACGGCGAUCUGAGCGCAUUCACGGACGCAGUGGACUCCAUUGACGACGUAGAUGCAGAAGACGAGCAAGGAAAUUCCCCACUAGACCGCGCAAUCACAGCAAAUCCGAGCCAUAUCAGAACGCGGAUGAUCAGUCUCCUUCUUCAAGCGGGGGCAAAUCCUAACAGGACAACAUCGCAAAAGACCACCCCGCCACUGCAUAUCGGCAUCCUUCUGCGUGACGAUCCAGAUAUUGUGCAGAAGCUCCUCGAAGCCGGGGCAGAAGUCAAUGUGGUUAACGACCAAAUUCAGAACGCACUGAUAUUGGCUGUAGCCCUCAGACGCGAGAACACAGUGUCUGUCCUUCUCUCCGCCGGUGCAGACGCCACGCAACGAACCGUGGGAGGGCUGUCUGUAGUGCACAUCACUGUCAUGACCAAGCAGCCCAAGGUCUUAUCGCUGAUGCUAUCGUACAUGUCUAGGGAACAAGCCGAGCCGAGAUUGAAACGAAUGGUGGAUGCGGUAGCAGAGGAAGCCGAUGGCGAUAAAACUGGUGAUUGCAACAGUAAUGAUCCAGCGUCGACGCAUCGCGAAAGUCCAGAUCAAGAUCCCUGGCUGGGACGGGCGCCCCUUCACUUUGCAGCACAUGCGGGGGAUACCACGAUGAUGCGACUUCUGGUCAACGAGGGCGGAGCGGACCCGAAUGUGCGGGAUGCACAGGCAAUGACGCCACUCCACCACGCCGUGGUAGAAGCUACUGUCGAGGCGGCUGAGAUGCUGAUUGACGAGGCAGGCGCAGAUGUCAACGCCCGAAAUAUCGAGCAGGUCACACCACUAGUGUGGUGGUUUAUCAAGUACAUAUUGUCUCAGAAGAAUGCGGACAGGCGCAUGCAUGAUCUGUUACUUUCUAGAGGAGCCGAUUCGGGUGUUGUGGCAGAGUUCCAGUUCCUAGUGCGGGCUGAUGAUAAACCGGAGCUUGUCUAUCGCCAUGUCGGCAAGGGCAAGAGGCAUGAGGACAGGCGAGACGAAGUCCAGUCUUUGCGGAAGGCUUCAGGAGCCCCCUGGGUGGAACUGGAGUGGGACCCUUUGAUUGUCUUGAAAAAUGUGACCACCGCCGAGGAAUGA